ACUAACCAAAUAUGGCGAUGAUGAUGAUCAAGAAUCAUGUAAGAUCUAUUAGCUUACCUUCAAGAUCUCAUCCUAGCACAGCAGCGAUAGAGGAAUCGCUUGACAAGCUUCUUAUCAUCACCAUGAACACUUCGACGAUGACGUCAUCCGAUUCGGUUUACUCCGGUCUAUCGGGGCUGGAGGAUCUGUACGACUGCACGGAAGAGCUUCUUAAGAUGGGUUCGACGCAAAGUGUGUUGUCGUGUAGUGAUGGGAGGAAGAAGAAGAAGAAGAAGGUGAAAGGAGAGUUUAUGGAGGAGAUGCUUGAUGGUUCGUUGAGGCUAAUGGAUAUAUGCAACGUCUCGAGGGAUCUCAUGGUUGAGACUCAUGAGCGUGUUCUUGGUCUUCAAUCUUGUGUUAGGAGAAGGAAAGAUGUCGAUGUCUCGGGAUAUGUCGGGUUUAGGAAGAACAUGAGGAAAGAAGUGAAGAAGCUUCUUGGAUCUUUAAAGAACAUUAGUGUAGGGUUAGUGGUGAGCGAUCAUGAUUGUGAUCAAGAAGGUGAUAUUCACUUCUUGGCCGUGAUUCAUGCAAUGAGACGUGUCGUUUUGAUGACAAUUUCGGUCUUGAAGUCGUUCUUGGAGUUCUUGUCCGGACGACAAAACGGUAACGACAUAAGGAGCAAGUUGGCUUUAGUCCUCAUGAACAAAAAGUUUCAUGAUCACGAUAAGAUGGUCAGAAACGAGUUGGAGAAUGUAGAUUCAGCGAUUUGUGGAGAUUCUAUCUCUCAUGAUGAUCUUCAUAUGAAGCUUGAGGAAGUUCAGGUAUGUAUUGGAAGGUCCGAGAAGAGUCUAGAAGGGUUGUUUCGAGGGUUGAUUAGAACACGAGCCUCCCUUCUCAACAUAAUCUCUCAAUAG